AUGGUGAUGCAGCCCAGACUCCAAUUCACUCAGGGAGAGCCCCAGAGUUCAUGUGCGCGGAACGUGGCAGAAAGGGCGGGUGAGAGCUGCCAGCUGGCGUGCCAAUGUAGACCCUACCCUCCCCUGCCGCCCCCGCCCCCACCUCCGCCACCCCCCAGACUUCUGGUCUUCACUGUGGCUCCCUCCACAGUGCCUCCCACGAAGCUGUGGUGGAAGGAGAUCGUGGUGUUGGGGACGGUGGGCUGUGCCUCGGUUGCCUUCCUCCUGUUGAUGGUCAUCAUCUGCUAUAAGGCCAUAAAGAGGAAACCCUUACGGAAGGAGGAGAAUGGAACAAGCCGAGGGGAGUACGCCAUGAGCUCGCGCAGCAAGAAGACGGUGGACACCAACAACACAGGGGUGUAG